AUGAAAGACGAUUCGGGUUAUAGGCGAGGACUCGGAUCGAACAGAACUGCUAGCUUCGACCUGCACGUGCUGCUGCUAUCCACGGAUUUCGUUCGAGUGGCUCGAAGCCCAGAGAGACAGCGAGCAGGCCAAGAUGCACCGGCUACGAGAACAUGCGGAUUAAAUACGACUCCACCUGACCAAGCUGCCGAGAGAUCCCAAGUGGACACCCGCCUCUUCAAGUGGUAUUUGGCAACAAGCAGAGGGUCGAAAAUACGAGACAAUGGAAGGGAAUGGACCAAGUCUGAGCCUGCCCACAAAGAGCCAUCAAAUAACCUGUUUCUCCCAUGGGGUGAAACGGUAGUCGUUGAGGAUAAGAGUGCACGGAGCGGCCAGGCCCCAGAUGCAUCACGAAGGGCUAUCCAAAUCAUCUCCGUAUAUCUUGCGUUCGCAGAAAAGGCUAUCGUGCAAGACAAACAUGAACAUGUAAAAAAGAAGCGCACGGCUAUGAUAGUCCACAUAUUUAUCCCCAUAUAUGAUAUCGAGGGCCGCUGCGAAGACCUGGCAUUUUGCGAAAGGGGAAAAUGCCUUGUGGAUGAGAGCGGUGCAUGUAAACAAGUGUUUGUUGUUGUUGGACAACGAUAUCUGCACUGCCCGGCUCAGCUGUGCCAUGGUUCACAAGGGUCCUUGGCCCAGUCUCAUCACAAGCCUACUUCGGUCCAGGCCGCCAAGGCACUUGUGAUACUGCCUGUCUGUCCGACUCUGUCGAGCGACGAUGUAGGCGCUCAAGGCCGGAGCGUACGGUCAACAUCAAUCGAGUCGUCGACGAAUGGAAGAAAAGACUCAAUUUGUUUGAAUCGGAUCUCCACGUCUAGAGGGUACAAUACAAACCGAGUUCCACGUGGUACGAUGGCGUCCGUGUUCCCAACCAGCAUCAUGCCCUUUCCCCUCCUCGGCAACCUUGUCUGGUACUGGGUAGAUCUAAUUCUCAAGCUUGGUCAGGCUCUAUACCACUGGAGAGAGAAUGGGAGCUGGUCAGGAAUCAAGAAAGUUAUAUACUGUACCGUCUCAAUCCCACCCGAGUCCUGA